AUGGCGUUACGCCCAUCACUCAUUACACGAGGAAUUCCUACAUCUGGACCAAGCGAUACUGGAUCGCCUGCCCGCGAUGAUGCAAAGAAGAAUAUGUUAAAGGCCAUGCGUCCAUUGCCUAUACAACAUUAUUGGAAUAUAUAUUUCGAUAGACAACAAAAAGAUCAAAAGCCAGCCGCAGAUGGAACUUAUACUUCUACUCUCGACAAACUUCCCACGCAAAUCGAAUCGAUUCAGGACUUUUGGCGUUAUUGCAACAAUACCCCGUUCGAUCAGAUUAAGAUGAGAGAGUCGAUUUAUCUAUUCAAGCAAGGGUUUCAGCCGGUGUGGGAAGAUAGAAGAAACAUAAAUGGGGGCAGUUGGACAUUUAGGAUUCCCAAGCAAAAUGGCCCAGACUUUUUUACUAGAGUGCAAUUGAUGGCCAUAGGAGAGAAGCUUCAAGGGUGCUUGGAAUCAGGUGAUCAACUUUGUGGUGUCGGUCUCUCUGUUCGCUUCAACUCCCACCUCAUCUCCAUCUGGCAUCGAGACGCCUCGAAGCAGAAAUCCGUCGAUGCAUUACUCGCCACGGUAUUAGAGGAGCUUCCCCAAGAACUGAAACCCAAGCCCGACAACUUCUUCUACAAGAAGCACUCAGAUCACGUCGGAUUCAAAGCCCCUCCUGCGGAAAGUACAUCCGAGUCCGCACAGACCGAGGCCACUGCGCCUUGA